GGUGCUACUCACCCUGGCGUGUUGGGUGAAGCAGAAUAAUAGAAAGGGCCACGGACGUUCUUGUUUUGCUGGUCCGUUGAUGUCGUACGAGCCUCAGUGGGUAGGCUUGAGAUGAAUUAUCGAAGGCGAGGUGACAUACUCGACCAUAAAGGACACGUGAACGAGUGAACGUUGGAGGCAGUGAAGGAAAGAAAGUUCUCUGGAAUAUUGAAGGAAGAAAACGAAAGAUAAAUAAAAGGAAAACGUUAUUUCUACCCGGUGAAAAGUCCCGCGCUCAUAUUUGUGUUGAACAUCUUCAGAAAGUGUUUUAGUGACGUGAUGGACCAUUGGAGGAGUCCAAGUGUUUUUUAUGCGUGUGUUCAUUAGUGACUGACGUGUAGAACAAUCAAACUCAACGAUUAAUAAACCUUCGGCUAAAACAUAAAUUUACACUUUUGGAAUAAGUAAAGACUUGACUAGUCUUGAGUCACAGUAAGAUCUUAAAUCAUCUGCGUGAAGUUCUCUUCAAUGCCAACUGAACAACAGACAUCUCCAGCAAUGUGUGUGUAACAACCACAGCCCAGGACUCCUUGCUGCUGAAAGCAGUCACCGUGGAACAGGGUUGUUGUUAUUGUUGUUGUUGUUUCAUCUCAACUCUUACGCAACAACCGCCGUUCUGGAUAUCCACCGAAACCCGCUGCCUAAAUUUCCGGGCAGGACCGCCAACAUGUGGGCUCAGAUGUCCAGCGUGUGCAUAUCACCUGGUCCAAGCCCACCGGCCUCUGCUUUGGCAGACAUGAUCACCAGAAGUCAGUUUCUUGACGCGGCCAUCCCCAAGUGUGCAGGUUGUGGUGAUCACAUCUACGACAGGUUUAUCUUAAAAGUCUUGGACAGAUCCUGGCAUUCCAAGUGUCUCAAGUGUACAGACUGCAUGGCUCAGUUGAGUGACAAGUGUUUCUCUAAGGGAGACAAAGUCUACUGCAAGGACGAUUUCUUCAAACGGUUCGGAACAAAGUGCGCUAGCUGCGACAAAGGCAUCCCGCCAACGGAAGUGGUCAGGAGAGCUCAGGAGAACGUCUAUCACUUGGACUGCUUCGCCUGUUUGAUGUGUGCCAGGCAGCUGAAUACAGGAGAUGAGUUCUACCUUAUGGAAGACAGGAAGCUGGUCUGCAAGACAGACUACGAGGCUGCCAAGGCCAGGGAAUAUGAAAUGGACUCCUCUAACAAGAGACCAAGGACAACAAUCACAGCCAAGCAGCUCGAGGCCUUGAAAAGAGCUUACAAUGAAAGUAACAAGCCUGCACGGCACGUCCGAGAGCAGCUGAGCGCUGAGACCGGUCUGGACAUGAGAGUAGUGCAGGUAUGGUUUCAAAAUCGACGGGCAAAAGAGAAACGUCUGAAAAAAGACGCUGGAAGACAGAGGUGGAACCCAUAUUACAGGCAGAUGAAACGAGAAGGGGAACACGACAGCAGCCUGAGUGCAGAUGAAAGAAGUGAUGAUGGAAGCCUAGAUGACAUUGAUAGUGCAAGUGGAAUGUCUGGCGGCAGAAUGUCCGGCGAUGCUUACAGCCUGGACUCCGAACUCUCUCUAGGACCUACUGGACACGACGGCCCUGCUCUAGAGCCAUGGUCACCGUACAGCGGACCACUCGGUCCUAACGGUCCGCCAAACUUAGGACCCCCAUUACCAGGAGUAGGGCCCCUCGGUCCAAACAUAAGUCCUGGGGGGAUGCCUGGAGGUCCUCAUCACUUCGUAGGGCGCCACUCUCCAGGGGCGCCGCUGUCACAUUCGCAAAUGAUGCCACUGGACGCCAUGUCCGGCAUUCCCAGGCUGCUCCCUGCAGGAGAAGACAAUUCCCAGAGUUACAUGGAUUACCCCCCUUCGUCAGCCCAUAAUCACGUGGAAGUCUACUAAACCUGAGACACUCAUGCACAUUUUGUGUUCAUCCAUUCCCCCACUGUAACUAUUGCAACCGACACACGUGAUAUGUCUCUUUAUUUUUCUUGUUUGUAAUGAUUCCGAACUAUGUCAAGUCUGCAUUUACUGCAUUGUAAAGUGAAUUCAGAAAAAAUAAUUAUUGCAUUUUUUUUUGUUACCAACGAAAUUCAAGUCACGACAAUUAGGUUCUCUGAGAGCGCAGAGUCUGGACUACAGUACGAUAGUCCUUUACGACAUCAAUCAGUCAAUAAGCUGACUUUAAAGCUGGAGAAUCAAAGUCAACAUAUUUUGUCGAGUGCUGCAUUUAUGAACUCUAAGGACUGGCCAUUGCUUAUCUAUUCCCUAAACAAUGUUGGUUUCUAUGUGAAACAUUGUGUUCUGAAAAUAUCUUGACUUCAACGUAAAUCAAGAAACCAGCCAAAGUGCUCGGGUGUUAGUUGUUAGGUUACAUUUGACAAUGUACAAUUUUGAAUGGAGUUUCUGGUACAACGAGUUCCCGAGUACCCACUUAGUACGUGUUUAAGGACGUCAUUGGGUCCAGCCAAUUAGCUGCAACAGGAAAUUUGUAAACAAACUAUAAUAGAGAGCUUCAGGAAAGAAACUUAUUUCAAAAUGUUUUUAUGUUUUUUUUUUAUUAGACCCAUCUUGUACGAAGGUAAAACACAUUUCUUUGCAUAUGUUCCGAAGUCUUAGAUCUAGAUUCUAUACUUGGAAUUCAUUGCAUUGACUGCUUCCAAGCUCAAGUAAAUAUUAUUUUCCCAAACACUCACAUCCCCUGUCCUCCCCCUCCCUUAGUCAUGGCUCCGUAUCAGAUCUAGGUCAUGUUUACGUACCAGUCUAGUGACCGCUUCAUACCAUUUGAAGGUACAUCACAGGUCCAGCUUGUCUAUGUACAUACAUGUAUGCAUCUCUCUUCUGAGGUUGAUGGUUGUGAACAUCUGAUUUCGAGGCAGUCUUUACAUUCGGAAUGUUUGUGCUUUCACUAGUUCUAGCUUUACAAGAUAUUCUGUGUACAUAUCAAAACUCUUUUGUCUCAUUCAUCUAGUCCAGAUUUUUUAUUUCUUCUAAAUAUUGUAAGCUAAACAAUGUUUGUAAGUGAUACUCAAGGAACUAUGCUAUGUAUGUGUGCAUAUACACCAAUACAUGGUACUAAGUUUCUAUUUAAUUGAGAUGCUAUUCUCUGGUCAUUCCAUUUUUUUUUUGCUUAUUUAUUUGUCAUUUUUGUUCAAUGAACAUGUAUUAUGUAUUUGUAAGAAAAUGUCAGUGGAAUCUUUUUUUUUAAUGACUAGUUUGUUUAGAUUAGUAACUCUCUACUACACGCUGUUGUGCUGACAGUCUUUUUCAAACUUCUUAUACAUCCGUCAAAAGCAAUGUUUCUCAAACUUUGGGGCACAUCAAGGCAAAGGGAGCGCAAAGGCGGGUGUUGUUGUUUUCGAUAUUUCAGUAUUAAUAAAAUGUAAAAGUCAUAAUUAGCUAUUUCAAAUAUGCAAUUUUUAAAUCAAGUAACGCCGAUUAAGUAUUUAAGUAGGACCUUUCUGUCUUCGCUUGAAGCGUCUCCAAAAAAAACCCCCAUCCACUGCAAACGUUCUUUUGAAGAGACGAAGGCAUUUCGAUGUUUUUACAAUGUCUUUUUAGAGUCUACCCUUUUUUCUUAUAGCAGAACGGUCGAUUUCUUCCGAGUAAUCAAGUCUACCUGAACCUGAUCAAGUCUACCUUCACUCUGUUACAAGAUGAUUCUCUGAACACGAUCAAGUCUACCUUCACUCUGUUACAAGAUGAUUCUCUGAACCUGAUCAAGUCUACCUUCACUCUGUUACAAGACGAUUCUCUGAACCUGAUCAAGUCUACCUUCGCUCUGUUACAAGAAGAUUCUCUGAACCUGAUCAAGUCUACCUUCACUUGUUACAAGAUGAUUCUCUGAACACGAUCAAGUCUACCUUCACUCUGUUACAAGACGAUUCUCUGAACACGAUCAAGUCUACCUUCACUCUGUUACAAGAAGAUUCUCUGAACCUGAUCAAGUCUACCUUCGCUCUGUUACAAGACGAUUCUCUGAACCUGAUCAAGUCUACCUUCACUUGUUACAAGACGAUUCUCUGAACCUGAUCAAGUCUACCUUCACUUGUUACAAGACGAUUCUCUGAACCUGAUCAAGUCUACCUUCACUUGUUACAAGACGAUUCUCUGAACACGAUCAAGUCUACCUUCGCUCUGUUACAAGACGAUUCUCUGAACCUGAUCAAGUCUACCUUCACUUGUUACAAGACGAUUCUCUGAACCUGAUCAAGUCUACCUUCACUCUGUUACAAGACGAUUCUCUGAACCUGAUCAAGUCUACCUUCACUCUGUUACAAGAAGAUUCUCUGAACACGAUCAAGUCUACCUUCACUCUGUUACAAGACGAUUCUCUGAACCUGAUCAAGUCUACCUUCACUCUGUUACAAGACGAUUCUCUGAACCUGAUCAAGUCUACCUUCACUUGUUACAAGACGAUUCUCUGAACACGAUCAAGUCUACCUUCGCUCUGUUACAAGACGAUUCUCUGAACACGAUCAAGUCUACCUUCACUCUGUUACAAGACGAUUCUCUGAACCUGAUCAAGUCUACCUUCACUCUGUUACAAGACGAUUCUCUGAACCUGAUCAAGUCUACCUUCACUUGUUACAAGACGAUUCUCUGAACACGAUCAAGUCUACCUUCUCUCUGUUACAAGACGAUUCUCUGAACACGAUCAAGUCUACCUUCACUCUGUUACAAGACGAUUCUCUGAACCUGAUCAAGUCUACCUUCACUUGUUACAAGACGACUCUCUGAACCUGAUCAAGUCUACCUUCACUUGUUACAAGACGAUUCUCUGAACCUGAUCAAGUCUACCUUCACUCUGUUACAAGACGAUUCUCUGAACCUGAUCAAGUCUACCUUCACUCUGUUACAAGAAGAUUCUCUGAACACGAUCAAGUCUACCUUCACUCUGUUACAAGACGAUUCUCUGAACCUGAUCAAGUCUACCUUCACUCUGUUACAAGACGAUUCUCUGAACCUGAUCAAGUCUACCUUCACUUGUUACAAGACGAUUCUCUGAACACGAUCAAGUCUACCUUCGCUCUGUUACAAGACGAUUCUCUGAACACGAUCAAGUCUACCUUCACUCUGUUACAAGACGAUUCUCUGAACCUGAUCAAGUCUACCUUCACUCUGUUACAAGACGAUUCUCUGAACCUGAUCAAGUCUACCUUCACUUGUUACAAGACGAUUCUCUGAACACGAUCAAGUCUACCUUCUCUCUGUUACAAGACGAUUCUCUGAACACGAUCAAGUCUACCUUCACUCUGUUACAAGACGAUUCUCUGAACCUGAUCAAGUCUACCUUCACUUGUUACAAGACGACUCUCUGAACCUGAUCAAGUCUACCUUCACUUGUUACAAGACGAUUCUCUGAACCUGAUCAAGUCUACCUUCACUUGUUACAAGACGAUUCUCUGAACACGAUCAAGUCUAUCUUCACUUGUUACAAGAUGAUUCCCUGAACACGAUCAAGUCUACCUUCACUUGUUACAAGACGAUUCUCUGAACCUGAUCAAGUCUACCUUCGCUCUGUUACAAGACGAUUCUCUGAACCUGAUCAAGUCUACCUUCGCUCUGUAACAAGACGAUUCUGAUGUUGACCCUACGACACUCAGGUGCAUUCCAAAGGUCAAUGUUCUCUUGCCUACAAUGUCUUACGUACUUGAGUCACGGCUUCUCCCACACCUUCUUUAUUUUAUUGGACCUGCGCUCUUCUUACUGGGAGAAAUGAUGUAGACCCCAGGAGAAACAAUGUCUGAAUGUAGACAAACGCGAGGAGUCUGCAGCCCUACUCCAGUCAUCCCCAAGUAGGCUACGGGGGCGCGAGCGUGAAUUGUUGGUCUUAGGAGAAAGUGAAGCUGGUUACAGUUUGAGAAACACUGAUUUGAACAUUUAAAGUUUCACUUGAGUUUUUUUUUCUUUUUUUCUUUUCCCUUGGCAUCGGACCAAUUAUUAGUGGUCUAAUUUUCAAAGGGAACAAAUUUAGUGGGUUAUCGCAUACAGUAUCAGUUGAUCAUUUAAACAUUGUUUACACUAGCGGAACAUCUUUCCUUAAAAGUGUCAGAGAAGGAAUAAGUUAAAUGUAAUUAUUUGUACCAUCUACAGAUCAAAAGCUGAGAAAUACAUUUUAAAAUAGUAGUUCACUUUAUGACAUCCUUCCAUUAGGCUACGAGAAUUUAUGUUUCCUUUCCUCCUUUUUUUUUUACUAUACCUCUAUUCAAGUCACUCCUUCGUAGAGCCUGGUCCAGGAACCUUUCUUGUUAAAUUACUAGAGUAAAGACUAAAUGAACUGUGUUUUAAUUCUUAUAACUUUAGGGAUGAAUUUGUGUUGUCUUCCAAAAUGGUAACUCCAAACUCUGUAACCAGUGCUAUAACUUUAUAGCGACACCGACAUUCACCCCACUUGACUUGAACUGCUCUUAAAUAGCGGUGUUUCUUGCUCCGGCAUGUUCAGCGCUUCAAUCUCUGUGGACAUGUGAGUCAAUAGGGUUUCUAGAUGUAGGUUUCCCUGCUGUCUUUAGGCGCUCAGGAAAAUCAGCUCAAGUCAAUUAAAAAAAAAAAAAACUACAACUACAACAUGGCAGUGACUAGAAUAUUAGAGAGAUAUUACUCAAAUUUGGGAGUCUCCCGAAGAGUCGUACUACAAAGGCGGACAUGUAGGCUAAGAUGAUAUUCGGAUGGAGAGGCGUGUUGUUGAUUUUUUGCUUAUAAAGAAGGCAAAUUAGCUGUGCGUGUGUGUGUUCAUUGCUGAAAGUGGUAUUUUCUAAUACAAUUCUACUAAAGCUUUACAAAGUACAGAAAAAAGGUCUAGAAGUAUUGAUGUAGAAAUUUACAGACUAGUAUCCUCAGCUGUAAGGAUUCUUAUGGAUCAAAUGUAUAUAGUUACGACUGUCAUAAGAUUUUGUUUUACAUAUUAUGAAGAAAAUACUAUAUUUUAAAUCAUAAUACAUAUCAAUACAUCAUGUAUUUGAUUUCAUUUUAGAGUCUACGAAAGAAUUAAAAUAAUUAUAUGUCUAUAUUA